AUGGCGACCACGCAAGAAGUAAUUGCGCAUGAAGCGACAGCGCAAGACCUAGCAACGUCGGUGGAAAUUCCACACAUCUGCCAGGACCCCGAGAUUCUCUUUCCAGGGUUGGUGUCACCACACGAUCCUGCUCAUUCGGGCAGCCUGAAGAAUCUGCGAAAGAGGCGGUUUAUGGUCGGCAAGGCUUGGACGCUCGCAUAUCCCUUCCACUGCAUGAAAGGGACUUUGGAAUUCAAGAGCAAAUGCGCGCUUGAGUUCAGCCGGAAGAUCAAGCGCGAGUCUCCCAAGGCCAAAGACGAAAAGCUUCAUAAGAUCGUGGAUCUGCUGCAUCUGCAAGGGAAUCCGCUAGAAGAAUGGGAAGCUGUUGGUGUCCAGAUGAGGGCCCACAAGCUGAAGAGUCGUUCCCGGUAUGCGGCAUCCAGACUGGGUAUAGCGAAUACUUCUCGACAAGCUCAGUAUGGAAGAUUGAAGGACAAGACGGACCAACAGGCGAUUGAUCUGGAAUGGAGGGCUAGAUGGCAAGCGUUAGCAGAGCAAGCGGAAAACAAGUUCCCUGCUCCAGAGGACGCCGCGGGCCAAGAGGACGUCGCGAGCCAAGAAGUCGCCGGACGGGAAGCCGACAGCGAAAAUCCUGGCAUUUGGGAUCUGAUCGACUUCGGUAGCGAUUCUGAAGACAAAGAUUCAGAGCCAUCCGACUCCAACCAGCCGCCGCCUGAAGCCGACGACGACGAAUUCUUUUCGGUUCCGAGCCCACCUGAGAUGACUGAUUGA